AUAAAAACUGACAAAGCGAUGAUGAAAUCUGGAAAAUCCAGUUUCUAAAUACAACCAAGUGUAAUGGAAAUGUUGUGUGUGGCAAUACGCACUCGUCGUGCUUAGUUUGUCUGGACAGGUGUGAGAUUCUUGCUGACGUUACAGUCCUGUCCUGCGUAGUGUAAUGGAUAACAGUCAGAUCGAUGCAACUGUAGAGAAUUAUUCAGAAUUUCAACAGUUUCUAUCCAUGCUGGGGGAGGACAAUACCCACUUGACAAAUGGCCAAGAUGCAGCUGAGGCCUUGGAUCCCAAGUUUGAGGAUGAGUUGUACAAGCUCACAUUAGCCGUGAGCCCAAUGGACAUCACCUCUCAAGCUAACAACCAGUUAUUACCCAAAAUAGACCUGCAAAUGAUUAAUGAUAUCAUUGGAGCCAGCCAAGAUAUGGAAGUGGAUAUGUCUACUCCUGCCCAAGAAGUUACUACUGGCUAUUCCAUCCAGACCUCCUCACCUCACCUCUAUGAUUCUAACAUGGAACAAAACCUGCUCUCUUUUAAUAGAGGCUUUCUCAGUAAAAGCAAAGUGUGCUAG